AUGCUGCUCACAAGGUUACGUUCUACCACGGCCGCAAAGCGUGUUUGUUCCUACACGAAACCAUUUGGCCAGUAUUCCAUCCGCGAAAUUUCAAUGUCAGCACAGCCUAGGGCAUUUACAGGUGACCUGUCUGAGGCCGAAUUAUCCGCUCUGAGAGCCAACAAGGACAGGUUAAUGCACGACUUACAUUUCAGUUGUCAAUGGGGAUCGGGAAUUCGAUGGGGGAGUGAUCCUACGGAAACUGGGAUGCAGCGUCUCGCCUUGUCUCAAGAUGAUAAAAGUGUUCGUGACUGGUUUGUACAGAAAAUGAAACAGUUGAGAUGCCGUGUGGAUGUUGAUGAGAUGGGAAAUAUAUUUGCGGUACGUCCCGGGCGCAGGAAGGAUGUGCCUGCCACGUUCAUCGGCAGUCACCUAGAUACGCAGCCAACAGGCGGCAGAUAUGACGGCAUUCUCGGCGUUUUGGCCGGAAUUGAAGCAUUGCAGGUAAUAGACGACCUAGGAAUUGAGUCGGAGGGUGGAAUUGGGGUGGUCAAUUGGACAAACGAAGAGGGGGCCCGAUUUCCAAUGACAAUCCUUGCCUCCGGCGUAUGGGCUGGCAGUUUCUACUUGGCGCAUGCUCAUUCUUUAAAAGAAGUUCCAACAAUGGCAUCUUUACCAACUGCCAGCACACAACCAGACACGGUCAAAAGUGCGCUCGAGAAAAUUGAGUACCUAGGUGAUAUACCGUGCUCAUACGAAGCGAUGCCCAUGGCUGCUCAUUUUGAGUUGCAUAUCGAGCAGGGACAAAGUGUUGGGGUGGCCAUCGGCGCUCAAGCAUAUCGCUGGUACAGAAUCCGAGUGACUGGAUCGGAUUGCCAUUCUGGUACGACUGCCUUUGAACAUCGCGCGGAUGCCAUGUAUGCUUCCGCUCAGAUGAUCGUCAAUGCUCGAGAAGCUGUCGCCACAUAUGGUUGUUUGGCCAUCCCCGGUCUGGCAACCUUCAGUCUCGAUGUCAGAGGGCCGACCAUGGACGCCGUGAUACAGACAGAGACUUUGUUGCGGUCAGAAUUCGCGCAGAUUGCCCAGCGUGGAGGAAAGCCGUGUAUGGUGGAGUGGCAGUUGGAUUUCGAUUCCCCAGAGGUCGAAUUUCAUCCGAGCUGCAUUGACUGUGUCCAGGAAUCUGCGGAAGCGGUCGUGCUCGAUCCCCAAUCCCAAAUUCGACACAUGGUGAGUGGUGCUGGGCACGACACCGUCAGUACUUCGAAACGAGUGCCAUCGAGUAUGAUAUUUGUACCUUGUAGAGAGGGUGUCAGUCAUCAUCCGCAAGAGUACUGUACACCCGAAGACUGCGCAAUGGGAGCAUCUGUGGCACUGCAGGCAGCUCUUCGAUACGAUCGAAAGAGGUUCAGUUCGUAGCACGAAUAGAAAAUUACUUGGCCAUGAGCUAAGUCAGGAUUAUCCGAGAUAAUUAUCUAUUCUGAGUAGUAGUUCUCAUUGGACUACCGCUUCCAGCCACCCCUGUUUACGUCGAUGUGUAGAGUAACCAUAUUGUGUUUGACAAAGGAGGAUUAAGCUACAUGAUCCUACAAAUU